CGGAGCAUCGGGAUCGAGGCCCAGACCAUGUCUCAGCUGGUGGAAUGUGUUCCCAACUUCUCCGAGGGGAACAACCAGGAGGUGAUUGACGCCAUCUCCCGAGCCGUGGCGCAGACCCCGGGCUGUGUACUGCUGGACGUGGACGCGGGCCCCUCCACCAACCGCACCGUCUACACCUUCGUAGGGCGGCCCGAGGACGUGGUGGAGGGGGCCCUGAACGCUGCGCGGGCUGCCUUCCGGCUCAUCGACAUGAGCCAGCACAAAGGGGAGCACCCUCGGAUGGGCGCCCUGGACGUGUGCCCCUUCAUCCCGGUGAGGGGCGUCACCAUGGAUGAGUGUGUGCUCUGCGCCCAGGCCUUUGGCCAGCGGCUGGCUGAGGAGCUGGGUGUGCCGGUGUACCUCUAUGGGGAGGCGGCGCAGACAGCCGGUCGCCGGAGCCUGCCGGCCAUCCGGGCUGGGGAGUACGAGGCCCUCCCUGAGAAGCUCAAGCAGGCCGAGUGGGUGCCUGACUUCGGUCCCAGCUCCUUCGUCCCCAGCUGGGGGGCCACUGUCACGGGGGCACGCAAGUUCCUCAUUGCGUUCAACAUCAACCUGCUCAGCACCAAGGAGCAGGCGCACCGCAUCGCCCUCAACCUCCGGGAGCAAGGGCGCGGCAAGGACAAGCCUGGACGCCUGAAAAAGGUUCAGGGCAUCGGCUGGUACUUGGAUGAGAAGAACCUGGCCCAAGUGUCCACAAACCUCCUGGACUUCGAGGUCACGGCCCUGCACACGGUCUAUGAAGAGACCUGCAGAGAAGCCCAGGAGCUGAGCCUUCCGGUGGUGGGCUCACAGCUGGUGGGCUUGGUGCCUCUGAAGGCCCUUCUGGAUGCCGCCGCCUUCUACUGCAAGAAGGAGAACCUCUUCAUCCUGGAGGAGGAGCACCGCAUCAGGCUGGUGGUGAACCGGCUGGGCCUGGACUCUCUGUCCCCUUUCAACCCUAAGGAGCGGAUCAUCGAGUACCUGGUCCCCGACAGUGGGCCUGAGAAGAGCCUGGCGGACAAGCCCCUGUGUGCCUUCGUCCGCGAGGUGGGCGCCCGCUCCGCAGCCCCGGGGGGCGGCUCCGUGGCAGCGGCCAGCGCAGCCAUGGGCGCUGCACUGGCCUCCAUGGCCGGCCUGAUGACCUACGGGCGGCGCCAGUUUGAACACCUGGACGCCACCAUGCGGCGCCUCAUCCCGCCCUUCCACGCGGCCGCUGCCGAGCUGACCGCGCUGGUGGACGCGGACGCCCGGGCCUUCCAGGCCUACCUGGAAGCGACGAAGCUGCCCAGGAACACACCUGAGGAAAGGGACCGCCGCGAGGCUGCCCUGCAGGAGGGGCUGAGGCAGGCGGUGGCCGUGCCCCUGGCACUAGCCGAGAAGGUGGCCGCGCUGUGGCCCGCACUGCAGGAGCUGGCACAGUGUGGAAACGUGGCCUGCCGGUCCGACCUGCAGGUGGCGGCCAAAGCCCUGGAGACGGGUGUGUUCGGGGCGUAUUUCAACGUGCUCAUCAACCUGAGGGACGUCACUGACAGUGUGUUCAAGGAACAGACCCGCCAGCACAUCUCCAGCCUCCUGCAGGAAGCCAAGACCCAGGCAGCGCUGGUGCUGGACCGCCUGGAGGCCCGGCAGGAGUGAGGGCGCCGGGGGACCUCGCGGACUCUGCACCCCUCAGUGCCCUGCCCCCUUUCCUGGAAGGGUCCAGCCUCCAGACGCAGCCCCUGUGGGGCCCAGAGCUGGCUGGGUGGGGCCGGGGUCUGUCUGGGGCAGCGGGGUCACCCCCUAUCUCUUGUGGCUUCUAGUAAAGUCACGACACACC